AUGGAAUUGUUGAAGGAUUAUUUUUCUAGAGUUACGCAACUUGUGAACCAAAUGAAAAUUUGUGGGGAUAAUAUUUCUAAUCAAAGAGUUAUUGAGAAAAUUUUGAUAAGUUUGCCAGAGAAAUACAAUCCUAUUGUUGCUGUUGUUGAAGAAACUAAAGAUCUUGUUGAUUUGAGUAUUGAAGAUUUGAUGGGUUCAAUUAAAACAUUUGAGCAAAGGUUGAGUAGGCAAUUUGAAAAGUCUAUUGAAAGUGCCUUUCAAUCCAAGCUCAAUGAAAGUGAAGGGCACAUGUUCUAUGCUUGUCACAAGGCAUCGGAUCAGAACAAGGAUGUAUGGUUUCUCAAUAAUGGAUGUAGCAAUCACAUGACAGGAGAUGAGAGCAUUUUUGUGAAAAUGGAUGCUUCCUCCAGUUCUCAA